AUGUCGAGCGCGUGGACCGGCAGGGCGAGGGCCACCGACGACGACAUCAAGGAACUCGUUGCCAAGCUGCAAUCGCUCCUGCCGGAGGCCCGCCGGCGGAGCUCCGGCAGGGUAUGAUUCUCUACUGCUCCCCUUUCCAUUCUCUACUUUGUUCUCUCUUCAGCGUGAAGAGAGGCAUGCGGAGAUCGUCAUCUUAUUGUUGUGCACGCAGAGGAACUUGAGAGGGGAGAGAUAGAGAAAGAGAGAGAGAGAGAGAGAGAGAGAGAGAGAGAAAAUAUGUAUUGGUGAAGCAUUGGGUGUAAUGCCGUCUUACUCAUGCGCAGACAUCGGCAGCGAAGCUACUGAAGGAGACGUGUAGCUACAUUAAGAGCCUGCAGAGAGAAGUGGACGACCUCAGCGACCGGCUAUCCGACCUCAUAUCUGCCAUGGACGAUAAUAGCGCGCAAGCAGAGAUCAUCAGGAGUCUUCUCAGUUAG